UGUUUGGCGAGAGAGAAAAACCAGAGAUUUGGCUUUGCGGGGAAGAAAAUGGCUCCGAAAUCCAAAGACAAGCCAAAGGCAUCUCCGUCUUCUCAGCCGCCUCCCCCCAUCGAAGAUCAAUUCACUUCUCUGAACAGACAUAUCCAGCGUUCCGAAUUUUCACAAGCCGUCAAAGUUGCAGAUCAAAUUCUUUCAAUUGCUCCUGGCGACGAAGACGCCCUACGAUGCAAAAUCGUAGCCUUGAUCAAGGAUGAUAGAAUCGAUAAUGCUCUUUCAGCAAUUCAAUCUUCUCAGAACACUGACUUCAGCUUCUUCAAGGCAUACUGCCUAUACAGGCAAAAUAAGUUAGAUGAAGCUUUGGGUUCCUUGAGAGACCAAGAGAGAAACUCAAUGACGAUGCUAUUGGAAUCCCAGAUCUUAUAUCGUUUAGGAAAAAUGGAUGCUUGUGUGGACACUUAUCAGAAGCUCGCAAAAUCAAAGAUUGAUUCUUUAGAAAUAAAUUAUGUUGCAGCUUUAACUGCAGCUGGGCGGGCCUCUGAAGUAAAAGGAGCCAUGGAGGCUCUUAGGGUGAAAGCUACCAGUAGCUUUGAGUUGGCAUAUAACACUGCAUGUUCCUUAGUUGACAUGAACAAGUAUACAGAUGCAGAACAACUGUUAUUGUCAGCUCGAAGAAUUGGUCAAGAAACGCUCAUGGAAGAGAAUUUGCCUGAUGAAGAUAUUGAGAUUGAGCUAGCCCCAAUAGCUGUCCAACUGGCAUACUUGCAGCAGCUUCUUGGUCACACGUCAGAAGCCUCUGAAGCUUACAAAGACAUCAUUAAUCGAGAUUUGGCAGAUGAAUCUUCGCUUGCAGUGGCAGUGAACAAUCUUAUUGCAUUGAAAGGUCCAAAAGAUAUUUCCGAUGGCCUUAGAAAACUCGAUAAGCUAAAAGAGAAAGAUGCACCAAACUUCCGACUUGCUCGUGGACUUGAACCAAAGAUUUCUCAAAAACAAAGGGAAACAAUAUAUGCAAAUCGUCUCCUUCUCCUUCUCCAUGCUAAUAAGAUGGAUCAGGCUCGAGAAAUGGUUGCAAUGCUGGCAGAGAUGUUUCCAAACAGCGUGACCCCUGUACUGCUUCAAGCGGCUGUAUUAGUAAGAGAGAAUAAAGCUGGGAAAGCUGAAGAAAUUUUGGGUCAGUUUGCUGAAAAUUUCCCAGAUAAGUCCAAGUUGGUUCUCCUAGCAAGGGCGCAGGUUGCUGCUGCUGCAGGCCAUCCUCAUAUUGCAUUCGAGUCCCUUUCUAAGAUACAGGAUAUUCAGCAUAUGCCUGCCACCAUUGCCACACUUGUGUCUCUCAAAGAACGUGCUGGAGAUAUUGAUGGAGCGAUUGCCGUGCUCGACUCUGCAGUCAAAUGGUGGUCAAAUGCCAUGAUUGAAGACAACAAGCUUGAUGUUGUAUUGCAGGAAGCAGCUUCCUUCAAGCUAAAGCAUGGCCGCGAAGAAGAUGCUGCCAAAUUAUACGAAGAGCUUGUUAAAAGUCAUGGAAGUAUAGAAGCAUUGGCUGGAUUAGUCAAGACAGUGGCUCGUGUUGAUAUUAAGAAGGCAGAAACUUAUGAGAAGCAAUUGAAGUCGUUACCAGGGUUGAAGGAGGUUGAUGUGGAGAAUCUGGAGAGGACUUCCAGAGCAAAACAUGUUGAGAGUGCUGCUGAUCUUGGAGCAUCUGAUGCAUACAUGGUGGAUAAAAACAAGACCAAAUCAAAGAAAAAGAGAAAGAGAAAGCCAAGAUAUCCUAAAGGUUUUGAUCCUGCAAAUCCAGGUCCUCCCCCUGAUCCAGAAAGGUGGCUUCCUAGGAGAGAGAGAUCGAGCUAUAGACCCAAGCGAAAAGAUAAGAGGGCUGCCCAGGUGAGAGGUUCCCAAGGUGCAGUGGUUAGAGAAAAACACGAAACUGGUGUCUCUGGAGCCAGUUCCAACAAUGCAAAUUCGAAAUCUAACCAAGCAACGAGUUCGAAAGGGACCAACCAAAACACGGGCUCUGAACAAUCCAAGCAUUCAUCAAAGUCUUCGAAAAAGAAGUCUAGGAAUUAAACUAAGAAAUCCUGGUUCAAAUUUUGGGAUUCUUUUUUCUUGGAGAAUCUGGUAUUUGAACAAUUUAUGUUAUAUGUUUUAGUGAGCAUUCUAAAUACUUUAUCACAACAUCAGCGACAGUUUUCUUUGAAUCAAGAUCCAACGAUUUUAACAGUGGAAUUCAACAUGUUUAUGAGACCCA